CUCUGCCCUUAUAAGGAAGCAGAGCGCUGAGCAGAGACAGGGCGGAAACGGUCACAGACACAGGAAGACUAGAGAUACGGAACCACAGAGAGACCAUAACACACCCACUGGAAGGGAAUAAAGCCCCUCUUGGACUGUAUCGACGGUUGUCACAAAGCGAAGGCAUGGCAGAGCUGGCGAGUCUGGUGCAGCGGUUGGAGGUGGCUGUGGGCCGUUUGGAGGCUGUAUCUGGCACUGGAGGUGCAGGCGGCUCUGCUGCUGGCGCUGGAGCUGUGUCAGCAUACGUUGAGGCCUUUGAUGCCUUGAUCUCUGGUCCUGUGGCCGAAUACAUCACCCUGAGUCAGAAGAUAGGUGGAGAUGUCCAGAAGCAUGCUGACAUGAUGAAGCAAGGCUUUUCCUGUCAACGGCAGGUUCUAGUGACGGCCUCCUGCUCCCAGAAGCCCUCUGAUGCCAUCGUGACAUCUCUGCUGGCUCCAGUGUCUAAAGUGAUUGAGCAGGUGCAGUCAUUCCGGGAGCAGAACCGCUCCUCUCCACUCUUCAACCACCUCUCAGCCGUCAGCGAGAGUGUGCCUGCCCUCGGCUGGGUCGCCAUGGCCCCUAAGCCAGGUCCUUACGUCAAGGAGAUGCAGGACGCUGCCAUGUUCUACACAAAUCGUGUGCUUAAGGAUUACAAGGAAAAGGAUAAAACACAUGUGGACUGGGUCAAGGCCUACGUGUCCAUCUGGACUGAGCUGCAAGCCUACAUCAAGCAGCAUCACACCACUGGACUGGUGUGGAGCAAAAGUGGUCCUGUUGCCUCCGCCUCAGGAGCUCCAAGUGCCCCGAGCGGUGGAGCUGCUGCUCCUCCUCCUCCCCCCGGACCCCCACCUCCACCCAUGGACCUGAACCAGUCUGCGGGUGGAGACUCGAGCGCAACCAGCCGCAGCGCUCUCUUCGCCUCCCUCAACAAGGGAUCCGACAUUACUAAAGGCCUGAAGCAUGUGUCUGAUGCUCAGAAGACCCACAAGAACCCGGCUUUGAGGUCUCAGGCAGGUCCUGUGCACACUGGCCCCAAACCCUUCUCUGCUCCCCGGCCAACUGCAUCUGCCGCCCCUGCUCGCACACUGCCCCCAGUGCUGGAGUUGGAUGGCAAAAAAUGGAGAGUGGAGAACCAGGAGGGAGCUCAGGGCCUUGUGAUCAGCGAUACAGAGCUCAAACAGGUGGUUUAUGCCUUCAAGUGCAACAAGAGCACUCUGCAAAUAAAGGGAAAAAUCAACUCCAUCACUGUAGACAACUGCAAGAAAAUGGGCCUUGUGUUUGAUGACGUUGUGGGUAUUGUUGAGGUGAUCAACUGCAAGGAUGUUAAAGUACAGGUUUUGGGCAAGGUCCCAACGAUCUCCAUCAAUAAGACAGAUGGCUGCCAUGUGUACCUGAGUCAGGGCUCUCUGUCAUGUGAGAUUGUCAGUGCCAAGAGCUCUGAGAUGAACGUGCUGGUGCCUGGCAAGGAUGGAGACUAUACUGAGAUCCCGGUCCCGGAACAAUUUAAAACUGUAUGGGACGGCAAGAAGCUGGUCACUACAGCAACCGAGAUUGCAGGAUAAAAGCUCCUCCUCACUUGUAAGACCGCCCCCUUAACCAAUGCCUACCUGACUGACUGACCAACCAGCCAAUCACAAACAAGACAAAUGCCAACCAUGUCCACACUUCCUAUCAGCCAAUCACAGCUGCAGCUGUACCAUCCUUCAGCCAACGAGAUGACUGCUUGCUUUGUGGCACAGUCCCUCAGCCAGGGGCAGGGAUCGACUUUUCAUUCCAUUUGAUAUUGUUAGAUAGCACUUCUAAACUAAUUGCCAACAAUCGAGUUGUUUUGCUACCUUUUUUUUUUAAGCAUUCCACCCAUGCUGGGAAAAAUAAAAUGUGAACGGCCAAGAUGAUGCAAAGAUUUGUUUAGAUUCUUUAGUUUGUAUUGUCUUAAUUCCUUCAGAUUUUUAAUGACUGGAUGUAUUUUUCAUUUGCUUUGCAUGGUCAGGGGCAGAUGUUGGGGUUGGGGUUAGGGGGAGAGAGUCCUAGUGGUUUUUGUUCUUAUAUAUGCAAUUCAGUCCUAAAGCACACGUACAGCCCUUCUUUUAGACAACCAUGAUGCUACCACUCCAGACAUUGACGGUGACUUUGUAGAGAUAAUUAUAUAAUAAAGAUUUGUGUCAUCAUCCACAUUAGAGGACUAAUUAGAGAAAAGGACGCUACGUGCAGGAUCACUGUCUUUUCUACCAUAACACUGAAGCAAAAAUAACGUUAAUGAUUGUUGGAGUAUGAACAAAACUUUUUCAUUUCUCACUGUAUUCCAGCACACAGCACAUUCCAUAUAGCACUGUAAAAUAAUACACCAUUAUAUGUUUGCAAAUAAGAGGUACCAUAAGAACAAGGAUGCUUAUUUACAACAUCCUUGUUGUUUCUUUGUUCUAAAAACUGGAUGUUAGACAUUGAUACUGUCCCAGAAAUGCUGUUGAUGAGACUGACCAUGUUGGCAUAGCCAAACUGAGCUCAUUUGAUAGCUGUUGAGGUAUCUCCUGUGGUGGUCAGUACACAGUAGACAUGUUUUACAAGUACACUUGUAUAAGCCCCUCACCACAGGCUUUUACGUAUCCAUCGUUCUGACUCUUUAAAGCCUUUUUCCUCUCAUAGCACUCAGGCCAUGUGGAAUUUCUCUUUUAAUCAUUUGUCUUUUUUUGUUAUUUGUUUUUUUUUCUUUCAAGAAUUAAAAUUCUGCUCAUUAGUACUGGAGGAAGAUAUCAUUAAAGUCGUCGCAAUAAAUUUAAUGUCACUCU